CGCGCGAUCUCGACGAUCGCGGGCGUCGUCGGACGACGCGCGCGCCGCACGCGCCGCGCGCGCCGCGCUCUUCGCGCGCGCGUCGCGUCGAACGAUCGGUCGAGCGGGGACGAGACGCGCGACGCGAAUCUGAAUUCUGAAUUCUGAAUUCUGAAUCCGCGGCGAUUCGGACGAUGCGCGAGCGACGGCUGGGGACGAGCGAUGGGACGACGACGCGCGAGGACUUUGGGGCGGAUCGAUUGCUGAUCGACGUGGCGAAUUACGUCGUCGGGUACGAGAUCAAGUCGAGGGACGCGGUGAAGACGGCGAGGCACGCGAUAAUGGAUUUCGUCGCGUGCGCGCUGCGGGGAGGAAGCGAUCCGGGGUGCGCGAAAUUACUCGGACCGUGCGUGCCGGGAAUCGAGUGCAAGCACGGAGCGCACGUGCCGGGGACGGAGUAUUAUCUCGAUCCCGUGACGGCGACGUUUAACGCGACGACGUGCGCGCGGUGGUUGGAUUACAACGAUUCGUUUUACGGCGCGGAGUGGGCGCAUCCGAGCGACACGAUUGGGGCGAUUUUGAGCGUCAGCGAGUACGUCAGUCGAUUGAGGAACGAUCGCGGGCUGAGCGUGCUGAGCAUGCGAGACGUCAUCGUGGCGACGAUCAAGGCGUACGAAAUCGUCGGCGUGCUCGCGCUCGAGAACUCGUUCAAUCAGAUUGGCGUCGAUCACGGACUGUUGACUCGCGUCGCCGUGGCCGCAGUGACGACGUCCAUGCUCGGUGGUGGGCGAUUAGAGGUGAUGUACGCCACUUCGCAGGCUUUCAUCGACGGCAGCGGUUUGCGAUGCUUCCGACAUUACCCGUGCGCGGGGACGCGAAAGGGUUGGGCGGCGGGAGAUAACGCCGCCCGAGGCGUCACUUUAGCGUUGAUGACGAUGAGAGGCGAAAUAGGAUAUCUUGGUGCGCUGUCAGCGCCGGUUUGGGGAUUCAACGACGUGUUUUACCGGCGUCAAGACAUCGUGCUCAAGCGAGACUUUGGGGAAUUCGUCAUGGAAAACGUCGUCUUCAAGCCGUCGUUUCCGAGCGAGAUUCACGCUCAAACCGCCAUCGAGGCCGCGUUUCGAUUGCAUCCGCAAGUCGUCCACCGCGUGGACGAGGUUCACAGCGUCGCGGUUCACACCACACGUAGCGCUGUACGAUGCAUCGAUAAGACCGGGCCGCUGAACGGGCCCGCGGAUCGCGAUCACUGCUUGCAGUACGCCGUCGCCGUCGCGCUCCUGUACGGGAAUAUGACAUCAGAUCAUUACGAAGACUCCGUGGCGAGCGACCCGCGAGUGGAUGAAAUGAGACGCAAAAUUCUCAUCGCAGAAAAUCCACAAUACAGCGCCGAUUACGUUGAUCCAGAUCGCCGUUCUUGUUCGAAUUCGAUUCAAGUGCACUUUAAGGAUCGCACGAGCACGAACAAGUUUGAGGUCGAGUACCCAGUUGGACAUCGUCGCAGAAGAAUGGAGGGGUUUCCAGCGUUAGAAAAGAAGUUCAUAUCGUCUUUACACACAAAGUUUCCACCGGAGCGUGCGGGAUUCAUCUUUGAACGAGUCACCGACGCGCAAAUUUUCGACGCCUUGACACCGAUGGACUUCAUGGAAUUGUUCAACGCCACGCCGCAUCCCGUGCUCUUACCGCCGAUGCGCGCGGCACCUGGAGUUUUUGAUUACACUCCGAUAGAUAGUCGAGCGUCGACCCUAGUUCCUCGUCUCACGGAUGGUACCGCAGAGACUCGAGCGGUGGGAGACGGCGCAGACGCGCGCGGUUAGCAACGCUUCGGCGACACCCCU